UUUUGUCACUCAUUUCAGAAAGUGAAACGUAUAUUAGCAACAUAGAUUCAUCACACAUAGAAGGAAAUAUCUCAAGCCUCCAUUUCUUGUAACUUUGAUGAUUCUGGCUUACAGAUGAUAAAAACCCAAAAGUUUGCAAACUUCUACCGACGCUUCAACUGGAACUAUGUGCUUUGAUCAACUGGAAGAAACACUCCAUGUGAAAUAAAGCAUGAAUAUGUGGAGGAGCAUGGUGGAAGAUAUGUGAUGCUGCGGGCCUUUUUUCUCUCCCAGAGAUCCUUAUUACAGUUCAAAGUAUCAUAUUUGAAAUGCCAGGACUUGUAUAUUUAUUCAGCUGGAUUUUUGUUGGACAUUCAGUUUUUCAGCAGGAUAGUGAUCCAAAACCUAUGACCAAUUCCAUGGUCUUCUCAUCUGUAUUGAAAACCUUUGGGCUGAGCUGGACACAGAACAUAAGAGAGGAGCCAGGAAUCUGGAUGAUCUAGAGAGACUGCUCAAAACAGAAUGGUCAAAGAUCCAUCUGUUUCUCUUUUCCAACCUUCCUGACUAAGUGCUGUCCUUUUAUGGAAAGUAUUAACAUCCCAGAUACCAUCAGAUGUGGAACCAGGGAUUUUGCUAGAAACAAUUUUCAUGUUUUUGUCUGAGACUAUGCUAGUGCAAUAAAAUCUAAAUGUAUUUGAAGGCUUUUUACUUACUACACCAUGGCUGCGCUCUAGAAAUACGAAACAAAUGAGAUUGUUUAUUUGAGUUAGCCAAUAAAAUCACAAGCAUGAUUAUUAUUCCAGUUUUUUGCGUGUUUUACAAAUGUUCUGUGAAGGAUAUGAAAUGGAACUUCGUUUACAUGAUUACUAAUAGAAUAUUUAUCUUUAACUCCAUAUGAUAUUUCAGUUCAGAAUAUCAUCUGGAUUACCAGUAUAUCUGAGUAGGUGGAGUAUUAUUCUAUGUAGGAUACAUUAUAUCAGGUGUUGUUGUACUUACUUCAUAAAAUACUUAAAUCACCCGUUUAUAAAGUUUUUCUCUAGUCCAAUAGCUGAUUUAUGUCAGGAUAUUAUUUUUUUGUAACAAUAUAGUACUUUUUUUCUUUUGGUGAGAAAAACUAUUCUAUCUGGCUAAGUCAUUUAAAAUCAGUUAAGGUCGUAAACACAAACAUGAUCUCAGUAAUGUCAAAACCUACCACUGAUUUUUACAUGAACCAGAAUGUGCUACAACCGUUGCCCAGCAGGGGUCGCCACAACACCACAAAAUAAAAAGAGCGCAACUAGCGUUGAAGAAAUGAUCCAGUAACAAGAACUUUACAUUUAAUAUCAAAUAAAAACAAUUUGUGACAUCAACGAAAAAAAAAAACGUUAUUCUUUUUUACUGUGAAAUGUUAUAGUCGUACUGUGAUCUUCAAUUUCAUUUGUAAAACACUGAGACCUAAGUAUUUAGUUGUGAAAAUAAUUGGGACAGCCCAGUAAAUGUUCACCAUAACCCUAAAAGCUGACGUACCCCCUUCAGUGAGACGCUUCUUGUAGUCAUCUAGCAUCAGUAUAAGGAAAGUUUCCCCCAUUCCUUUUCAGCGCUGGGGUUUCUUGCAUGAUCAAUCUGUUUCAGGUCACCCCACAGACUCUUAAUGAGAUGAGUCGUUGGUGGAUUUACUGGUAUGUUUUGGGUCGUUGAGAUGCGUUUUUUUUUUUUUUUUUUACUUUUACAGAUGGUCUUAUGGUGGAUUCUAUGAUGGUGAGCAAACCAUGCCACUUCCAGCACCAUGCUUGUAUCAGAUUCCUAGUAUGCUGUUUUUAUGCCAAACGUGUCCUCUGUUCUGGUGUCCAGUUAAUGCAUACACUCAUCUGUCCGGAAAACGCUAUUUUAGUCUUUGUCUACGUUCUCUUUGGCAACCUUCAGUCUGUUUUACUAGAGAUCUAAAAUUGAUUGUAGUAGCAUCAGCGUUUUAUUGCGAACGCUGACCGGAAACUCAACAGCCGUCAUUGUGCUUUUAUUUUGAAAUCUCCUGCAGAAACAACGAGUCGGGCUGAGAGGGGCGUGGUUUUAUUUUGAAAAGGUGAAAGGAAGUCAGUCUGUCCUCUCUGUGGGAGUAGGUAGCUAGCGGUUACACCACUCCCGUGUCUGUCGACGUUAGGUCCUCCUCCAGCCUCUUUAAACUGCCUUCUCUGCUCAACAAGCGACAUUUUCGGACACCUUGUUUGCAAACACGCAUACCCGUAUGUGUGUUUCCGUGAAUAUUUCUUUCUCUGUGGGAGCCUGUGGGACAUAGACCGUGUUGUUCUGUAAGAGACGCUACUGACCGUGGUGGGCGGAUAAAGGCAAGCCGAGGAGGGCAUCCGGCCCUGGCAGCUCCGGAGAGUCGGCUUGAAGGGACAGGAUUCACCAUUUCCAGACCUUGGACAGUCGCCCUCUCCAAGUCUUUUAAGCAUGUUCUCUGUUGAACAUGUGUGUGUUUCGCGCACCAAGGAUUGAGCCGGGCGAGAUUGGCUCAUAAUCCUCAGAUUAGGCUGUGGCGUUGUAAGAGCAGCAGCAGACGGGGAUUAAACCAUGAUGGGAGUCCAGAUCUCAGCACGCAGGCACGGCAGAACGCAGGAAAACUGAGAAAUUCUCUGCAGCUGUAGUUUGAUCAAUAAAUGCAGCAAAUGCUCACAUGUUAAAACAGCUUCAAGAGCAAAGCUCUUGUUGGAUGUCGAACCUCUAAGAUCAGCUGGUGGACCAUCGGCCUCAUGAUCCUGUCUCUGCCUGCUAUGCGUAUUUUCCAGCUACCAGGCAAACAUCUAGACAGGAAAACACACAUUCUUGGAUGCUGGACUCAUCCAGCUGUGCGUACAUGAGCGGCGGACCAGGCCGGAAGCGUCUCAUUAACUGGGUAAUCUGAUGUGCGUCGAGACAGACAAAUGUUAAAGAACAGGCCGGCUGAAGAAGAUGGAGUGUUGUGGCGCGGCGGGACAGGGGCGAGUUAACAACAGGUGGAACAUUUUCCUCACCAACCAAAGGAAAACAACAUCAUGUCAUGAUGCUGAUAAAGCCGUAGUCACCAAAUAACAGCAGUGUGAUGAGGUCGACUGGAGCGAACCACAAAAGCUAAACUGCGGGUUUAAAAAUCAGAGCAGUGAGCUAACGGAGGCAAACUUCCUGUGUAGAGGCUGUGAACCGCCCUGCUAUGGAGAAGAUGAAGAGGAUAAAGAAGCGUCUGUCGUUAACUCUCCGGCCCAGUCUGACCAUUGAUGAAUCUCUCUCUGAACUGGCAGAGCAGAUGACCAUCGAGGAUGGUGGGACCAAGGACAAUGAGCCCUUUAUGAGAAAUGGCCGCCCCCCCACCUCCCACAGCAUGCACUCCUUUCUGCACCAGUACACAGGCUCCUUCAAGAAGCCACCCCUCCGCCGGCCGCACAGUGUCAUCGGCGGAACCCUCGGCUCCUUUAUGGCCAUGCCACGCAAUGGCAGUCGUUUGGACAUUGUUCAUGAGAACCUGAAGAUGGGUUCUGACGGGGAAAGUGACCAGGCUUCUGGAACGUCUUCAGACGAGGUCCAGUCCCCGACCGGCGUCUGUCUGAGGAACCGAGUCCACCGCCGGAUCUCCAUGGAGGACCUGAACAAGCGCCUGUCACUGCCUGCCGAUAUCCGAAUCCCCGACGGCUACCUGGAGAAGCUGCAGCUCAGCAGCCCGCCCUUCGACCAGCCGCUGAGCCGGCGCUCCCGCCGGGCCUCGCUGUCUGAGAUUGGUUUUGGGAAGUUGGAGACGUACAUCAAGCUGGACAAACUUGGAGAGGGAACGUACGCCACGGUGUUUAAGGGGCGCAGUAAGCUGACAGACAACCUGGUGGCGUUGAAGGAGAUCCGACUGGAGCACGAAGAAGGAGCCCCAUGCACCGCCAUCAGAGAAGUGUCUCUUCUAAAAGACUUGAAACACGCCAACAUCGUGACGUUACAUGACAUCGUCCACACCGACAAGAGCCUCACGCUCGUCUUCGAGUACCUGGACAAAGAUCUGAAGCAGUAUAUGGAUGACUGUGGAAACAUAAUGAGCAUGCACAAUGUGAAGAUCUUCCUGUUCCAGAUUUUACGAGGGCUGUCUUACUGUCACAAGAGGAAAGUUCUCCACAGAGACUUGAAGCCGCAGAACCUCCUAAUCAAUGAAAAGGGGGAACUCAAACUUGCUGAUUUUGGUCUUGCGAGAGCAAAGUCUGUCCCGACCAAGACGUAUUCGAACGAGGUGGUGACUCUUUGGUACCGACCUCCUGAUGUUCUCCUGGGAUCCUCGGAGUACUCGACACAGAUCGACAUGUGGGGUGUGGGCUGUAUAUUCUACGAGAUGGCUGCAGGUCGGCCUCUGUUCCCAGGCUCCACCGUGGAGGAUGAGCUUCAUCUUAUUUUCAGGCUGCUGGGCACGCCCACAGAGGAGAAAUGGCCAGGAAUCUCCUCCAUAGAAGAGUUUAAAUCCUACAACUUCCCCAAAUACAAACCACAGCCGUUGAUCAACCAUGCACCCAGGCUGGACAGUGAAGGCAUCGAGCUGCUGCUGGCCUUCCUCAGAUACGAGUCCAAGGCGAGGAUCUCAGCUGACGAAGCGAUGAAACAUUCCUACUUCAGGCAGCUCGGGAUGAGAGUCCACACACUGCCUGAAAGUGUGUCAAUGUUCACAUUAAAAGAGAUGCAGCUUCAGAGAGAUCCUGGCUACAGGAACUCCUCCUACCCCGAGUCAGGUAACAGCAACAUCAACAGAAGGCAAAGCAUGCUUUUCUAAUAUUUCCUGAGGAGGAUGGUCGACUGGCCAGCUUCACCUUCACGUCCCAGCAACUUCACGCAUGAGCCCACCUCCCUUCGAGGCGUCUCGCCCCACUCCCGCACCCGCACACUCACAUGCGUACUCACACACACACACCCACACACACCCUCUGAAUGAGUGACUUUGAGUCAAAACUCUUGGAGACUGUUUAUUUAUUGGGGUGUGAGGUUAACUUAUUUUGCUGCUAAACUACUACUGUCUACUAUAUGUGACAUAUAACAUGUCUGUGUGUGUAUGUGUGUGUACACAUGUGUGUUAGGGCAUAUGAUGUGAACUGAAGACGCCAUGCACGGUUAAGCAGUCUGUUAGGUUACUGUCAUUUUUUCUGAUUGUAAUUCUUCGGUAUCUUUAGUUUGAAAUUCAACUGAUGUUGAUGUCAACGCUGUGACGAAGUUGUUGUUUUCAUAGUUGUGCUAACAGAGCGACAGCUGCAGUUUCUUCAAACUUUUUAUGCAUUGUGUUUAUCUAUACAUAUAUAUUUAUGUGUAUAUAUGUACAUGUUUAUUUGGAGAUUAUUUGGUUUUUUUUUCCUUCGAGCUUCCGUGACUGAACUAUACAAGAUUUCUACAUUUCAAAAGGCUGCAGCACUUGACUGUGUUGGCUUUGAGAGGGAUGGGAAUGAUGAUGAUGAUGAUGAUGAUGAUGAUGAUAAUGAUGGAUUUCCCAUCUUCGAUUUUCCAAAUACAUUUCAGAUCAACUUUGUUUUUAUAAGGGCCCGCUGCUUUCGGGGGUUCCACUGAAAGUCUGAGCAUGGCGACUGACAGCUGAGGGCUGAACAAAGCUAACAGUUGUAGCUGUUGGUUUAUGCUCAUUUCGAUCACUGUUAAAUCGACAGGACCAAAUCUAUGACAGGUAAAAGCUUGAAUUUGGCAUGGGCUGGUAGAGGAUUUUCACGGUAUGAUGACCAUGAUUAAAAAUUGAAACGGUUUCCCAGUAUUCAAACAAACUUUGUAACAUGAUCUAAAUGCUUUCUUCAAAACAUAAAAGCAUGUAUUACUACUUUUCCUAAAAUAUGACAUUGUUGAUUACAGUUAUGUUACAUAUAACAUAUUUAGAUUUGCAUAAAUAGACUUAGGCAAAAAAUAUGGAAUAAGCAGCUGUUAAAUUUAUUGUUAAACAUGUUCUGUUCUUUAUAGAGAAAUGGAAAUCUAACAGGCCAAUAGGCAAGAUAUCUGAUCCGGUAGCCUGCAGCCUGCUGCUUAACAGACAUAACAGUUUGUUGCCUCAUUGGUUUCCACACCAUGAUUGUCUGUCUUUUCCAUCGCUUAAACAAUCAACAAAUAUUGCUGUUUGGAACCAUUUCCUUUUGUAAAAAACAUACAGUGCUGCGUUACUCUAUCCUUCAAACGUCAGAGAAAACGCUGUCACUUUAUCUGGUUUUUAAUUUUUCGUAGGAAAACGAAUUGCAGUUUUGAAAUCAUAGCCAUUUAAAACCUUGGAGUACCACCAUACCGGAGACCAGCCCAUGCUUUAUUGUGAAGAUUACUGGACAGUAUUGUUGAAUGAGAAAUACCAGAACCCAAAGGGUAAAAGAUUGUACAAGCUUACAACCCCUCCAACUGCCAGGGCUGCGAUGCAAACGUACAAUUUGUUUAGGUGUGACUUUUUUUUUUUUACCUCGCACUCCAGUGUUUGGGUUUUUUGUUUGUUUUUUAUCAGGGACGUGGGCCUCAACACAGCUGAGUUUACCCAACAGUAUUAAGGUGUGUUCUGUGACCUUUCCUUAUAAAACAACGCGGAUGCUCUUAAACAACGGUUCCUUUCAAAACCAUGUCCAUCCACAGUUUUUUCCAUCAUUUUUACAACAUAGAGAUUUCAAAUUGAAACUUUAGACUUUACUGCUCAUGUGUUGUUAGCAACUGACAGUGAUGCUAAAGAUAAUUAAAACCUUUUGACGAGUCUUUGUUUGAAAUACGAUUACUGUAGCAAUAAGAACAUUUCCCUGAAUCAUUCUUAAAUGACAACUGAUGUUCAUUGCAUUCCUGGGGUCAACCUAGUUAAUUUUCCAUCAAUAAAUAUCAAGCAGCAGCCAUUUUGCUGAGGUUAGAACAGUUUGCAAGAGCUAGCAUGCCUCAGAAUAUAAGGUCAAUGCUACUCUGCCUAUAAAACUAAACCCUGUUUCGAUAUCUACUUUGUGAAAACGUAACAUGCAGCAUUAAACGUGGUGAAGCUAGGCUAGCUUUCGCAGAUCUCUGUUUUUAUGCUAACUUUAAGUGAGCAAAUUAACUGUUUGCUAAAACUAAACGUACAAUAUGAAGUUACAUGUUCAAACAAAUGUAGGUCACAAAAACGGUGUCUAAAUGUUACAAUCUCUGGUAUCAAGGAGAAUAUAAUUAGCAUAGCUAAUUAGCUUUUAGCUAAUUAGCUAAAAGGCUGAUAAAGUUGAAGUAGUCUUUUUGUUAAAUGUAUGGGAAAAGAUUUUAACAUACGGCCUAAAGAUAAACAUUAAAACAGGCAGAAUUUAAAUGAGAUGCCGUAUUGGUGCAACAUUUAACAGCCUUAAAAGGUGAUAUUUAUUAAAAGCAGAAAAAACAGAACUACUUAUAUGGAUUAUUAGUGCAUUAAACAUCAAACAGUAAAAAUGAAAGUUGUCGCAGAAUCAGAGGGAGGUUUUCUUGUUGCUCUUUUGUUCAACGGCAGAAUGAAAACCAUUUUGUGACAGCAAAGAUUUGUUUAAGCAACACUAGUGUUCUUUGUUUCAGAUUAGGUAGCACAUGCUAGAGUGCUUGAAGCACUGGUAAAGCUUGAUAAACUUGCAUCUGAAAUCCAUUAAUGUAAUAAUUUUAACAUCAAACACAGAUUGGAGGUAAUGGGGCAAUGAUCCUGUAAAAAAAAAUACAAAUCUUUUUCAUCUAAAUUAUUUUAAAAAUUGCUUAAUUUGAGAGAUUAAAUUGUGAUUACACAAUUAAAUACAGUAAACUGUAAACAGGAAGUCAUUAUAUUAAUGAUAAAUGUCCUGUAUUAUGUUGGCUUGUUGUUUUUUCAAGUCAGAAAUGUUUCUUCUGUGUAUAUUCCACUUUAUUCAAAUUAAGGAUCAUUUCACUGUUUACUGCAAACUGUGUUUCUGCUAAUAUGAAUUUUUGUACAUGAAAAGCAGUAACAUGCACGAAAGGAGAUUUCUAAAACAGCUUAAUAUUUAUCAUUGUAAAACUGUACUUUUUCAGAUGGAUGAAUGACUUGUAUGUGUUUAUGUCUGAGCGUGUGGGGAUGUGUAUGCCUGAUGCAUGGAAGGCCUGCUGUGUUGUCAACUCAAAAUCUCUGAAACACUGAGCUGCCGGUGAACAGUUGGUGUGUGACUCUUUUUACUGGAUCUAUUUAUUUCUCAUAACCAUCAGAAGUAAAAUUUAAAAUUUGUUUCAUAAA